UUUGCUUCCCGGUGUUUCUGUGUGUGCGUGCGCGCGCGCGCGAGGGGUGCGUGUGUGUGUAGUGUGUGAGCGUGGGCGCCUGAUGGUGAAAAUAAAAUACCUCCGUAGCUUCCCAACGUUCAACAAGCCACGCACUAGCGAACCCGAAGCAAAAUGUUAACGCCUUCAGAAAAGCAGCCAGCUCUGAAUCCAGACAUGGGAACGCGGACCACGUAACCUUUAUCAGUCUCGAUGAACGCCGUCGAAGUCAAAGUAAGGACGGUGAGGCGCUGCAAGUUAAAUGGCUCCUCUUCAUCAACCACUCAGGAUGAAAGCAAACGGGAAAGAGGAAUAUACUCAUCCUCGUAAGAUGGUGCUUGAUUCUUCUCACAUUUGACCACAGUUGUUGGAUCACCAACAAUGAUUGUUGGAAUAGUAUCCCAGGAGUUAUACCAACAACUUCUGGACCCCAAGAAUUAUCAGAACCGCACAAAUGGCGUAGAAGAGCUCAAGCGAAUCCUUUCGGAAGUAGACUUGAAAUUGGUCCCAUCUGAGAGUAUUGAAGAGUUCAUUAAUUUUCUUACUAGACUUCUCGAUGACAGUAAUUUUAAAGUAUUGUAUGGCACAUUGCAAGUUUUAAACUUACUUAUUGAGAGGUUAGAUGCGAGUAUUCUCAAGUAUAAAAAACAGAUCGCUUUGGUUGGCGUUAAGGCUCUUGGCGACACUCGUACCAUCGCCAGGAAUGAAUACAUGAACAUGUUUCGUCUGAUGAUGAAAACUGUGGCCCCGCAAGAAGUUUUAGAUCUUAUUAUUUGUAACUUGAAACACAAAAAUUCCAGAGUACGGGAGGAUGUUCUUAGUAUCAUCAUUGCAGCUAUGCUCACUCACCCGAGGAAAGAGUUCAACAUCCCCAAGCUUUGUUUUGAAGUUGCACCAUAUCUGGCAGACAGCAAAAGGAAGGUCCGUCACGCUGCCUUGGAGCUGUUUGCAGUUUUUGACUCCUGCUUGGAUAUGGGGAAAAAACAGCCUCUAACAAAAGCUGUGGACAUGGUUGAGCUCAGUGAAGACGCAGAGGGACUUAUGGCAGCUGUACAGGCCAGACGAGCGAGACAUGUUCUUCCAAGACUUUCAGAAGAGGGAGUGGUAGAGUACGGUCUGGUGGUGGCUAAAUCAGGGGUGCACUGCUCCACACAGGGUAGUAGUUCAGGAGCUGAUCUGGACUGGGUGAUGAAUGGAGGACGGAUUAGCAGUGCAAGGAGUCAGCGAACUGAACAGGACUGCGAGCGACUGUAUGGCUAUGGCAGCUUAGGCUCUCUCACUGAUGGACUUCGCUCUCAGAGGAGGAUAGUCAGUGCUGGUAAAGGGAAGAACAAACUUCCAUGGGAAACGCUGAGCAAUUCAUCGAAUGAAAAAAACCAUCAGUGCCGCUCCCCCGACGGAACGUGUUCUGAACAGGCCACAAGUGAAGAAAUUACUUCGCCAUCGAGGAAGUUUAGUCCGGAGACCUACAUACCAACUUUUAGUUCUGCAGAACCACAGACACCCCAAACCUCCAGGAGAAGGAUAGCGCCAGCUCGGAUCAGAAGAAGUGGAAGCCUCAAUUUAGACCCUGACAUCUUUAAAACCACAAAUUUUACUGAAUCAGAUAGUGUGUUAUCCAAAGGGCAGUUGCUCUCGAGGAACCCCAGUGUUGAGCGCACACUUUCCCUCCCCACUAACCACACCACAACAAGCUCCUUUCUGCUGCCGUCUUACCCUCUGGCUGCACUCCCAGGAGGCAUGCUGACUCCGACACUAUCCCGUCGCCAUGCCGACUCUUCCCUGUCUAUGUCCAACACCUGGCCCAACAAGCGAGAGAACAGCCCUCACCAGCGAGACACUAGCCCCUGGGGGGACACAGCCCUCAAAGGAGAUCUCUCUAGCAGACACUCUCCUAGGCCGAUUCGCGCCUCCUUAAAGAGUUCCUCGUCAACAUCAUCAUUUCGCAGAGCCCUGAACAGCAGCAGGACAGCCGUCUCCAUUUCACCAGUCGUUCCUUCAGGAGAGCAAUUUUAUAGCACUGACCAGAGUCCCAAUGUAUGCAACAGCCCCCAGAAUCAGCAUCAAGAGAGGGACGUUCAACUAGAGCCUGCUUUCUCUAAAACAACACAGGAUCCUCAGGAGGAGGAUGCUCUUGAUAUGCAGGAGAUGUUGAACUCACUGCGUUCAUUACGCAACAGUGCUGCUAAGAAAAGGGCCAAAUUGAGCCUAAGCGGUUCUGACCCAGACCAGGAAUUACCAGAUUCCUCUGUAAGGUCAUCCCUGGGCCAAGACCUCCCGUUGCACACCUCUCCCAUCCUUACCAGCUCAACUGGUGAAAGCAGCCUUUCCAAUUUGAGUCCCACACCCUCCAGUGUCUUCGGUAAAAGUUCUGGAAGCAUGGCCUCCCCAAGAGUGAAAUCUCGUAUUGCAAGAGUGUCCUAUGCAAACCUAAGGUCUUCUGUGUCCAUGGACGUAAGCAACCCUCCAGGACUAUCUCAAAGUAAUGAACUGUCAUCUGAAGUGGGCGUUGUCGGGCAGAGAGUCACUUACUCCAAUGGAAAAUUCAGAGCUGGUGAAGACGCGACUGUAUCCUCUCCGCCAUUGGUCAAACCAUUGUUCAGAGUUGUUAAGGCUACAAAAGGAUCAGGAAGCAGUGGAAGCAGAAAUUCACCAACUACAGACAUGCCUGAAGGUGUCAUUGGAAGAGGCAUGUUUGGUACUGCAGUGUCCUCCCUUCGUUCAGAUUUGACCUGGUCACUGGAGAAGGGUGACUUUGUAGACAAACCUACCGUUGACCUCUUGGGAGGCCUCCCUGUUAUCUCCGGUGACCACAAAGGCCGUGACGACCCAUCCCUAGACGAGGUGAAUAAUACAAAAUCCAUCCGGGAGAAGAUUGAGCUGCAGCAUUCAGAUGAGCUUGAUGGGCAGUCCACUCAAAGGGAGAAGAUUCGGUACCGUGUCAGACAGAUGCUCAGUGAUUCACCCAAAGAAGAGAAUAUGGAUAAAAAUCUGCAUUUGAACGGCAGCACAAUCACUUCUUGUAUAGAAGACUUCAACUCGGAAGGGUCACCUAUAAGCCUCAGCAGCUCGGUCAGUCCACCAGGACUACAGAGCCCCGUGAAGUGCCUCACUCCUCCUCAUCAACCGAGCCCCCCCACAGUGCCUCCAAAUCCCCAAAACCUGUCGAGAAUGAGGCGGGCGCCCAGCCUCAAUAGAACGCGCCCCUCACUGUCCCACAGUUCAGAUGAUCUGUCCCCUGAUACCAUGAGCCACAAAAAAAAUGUAUCCCAGCCUCCAGGACUGUCUCCCUUUUCCAAACCGGAUGUGGCGCUGAUGCAGAGCUUUGACUUGCUGAAUACAACAGACUGGGACAAGAAAAUUGAAGGUCUUACACUACUACGCUCUUUGGCUCACUUCCAUUCUGACACACUGCAAAGCAGGAUUCGUGAUGUCUGCCUGUCUCUCAUUGAAGAGGUAAAGAACCUCAGGUCAGGUGUGUCCAGAGCUGCCGUGUGCACGUUGGCCGAUCUUUAUACGCACCUGGAGAAGGCAAUGGACCAGGAGCUGGAUGCGACUGUGAAAUCCUUGCUGGUCAAAGCGGGUGGGAAAGAUGUCUUUAUUAGACAUGAUAUUGAUGCUGCUUUAGACAGCAUGGUGCAGCACUGCACGCCCACAAGAGGCAUUCAUGCUUUACUCUCCGGAGGACUUUGUCAUCCCAGUGGACUGGUAAGGAAUUGCACUGCCCAACACUUGGCCAAUUUGAUAGAAAAGGUCGGAGCCACUCGCCUCCUUUCUGGAGGUAAAGAUUUGACUGAAAGAAUCAUACCUGCGGUCACAAAGUUGUCACAAGACUCCUCACAGGAAGCCAGAUACUACGGCCGCCGGAUGCUUCUGCUCCUGUCCGGCCACCCGGAUUUUGAGAAGAUCCUGGAAAGAAUAAUCCCAUUCAAAUACCUGCAGACUACCAGAGACACCAUCUUAACUCUCAAGACUAAGGGGCUUGGCGAGAUGCCUCAGGAGACCCAGUCAGCCAGAGGUAGACGCUCGCUUCCAGGAAGCGGUACAUUUCGAGCAUUGUCUCUCACCAGAGAACCUCUCAACCACACUGUCAGAAUGUCCAACAGUAAUUACAGCAACAGAUCUCAGGCACUGAAUAUUGAAGACAAGAGUGAAUACAUCAAACACAUAACAGGCCUGCUGGGCUCCAAGGACUUCAGAGAGAGAAUCAAGGGAAUGGACCAGUUAGUGGCCGACUGCGAGCACAACCCCAAAGUUGUCAUCCAAAAUGUAUUCCCGAUUUUUGAUGCGCUGCAGGCUAGGCUGCAGGAGUCCAACACCAAGGUCAACCAAUACGCCCUUGAGUCGCUGCAGAAAAUCAUCCCCCUGUUCAAGGACAACUUGUCUCAAGUGGUUAACAUUCUGGUCCCGGCAAUUGUGGACAAUCACCUCAACUCUAGAAACAACGCCAUCUACUCAGCUGCUACUAGAACCAUUAAUGCACUUAUUUUGAACCUCGAUAACAGUCUCCUCCUGCAGCCUUUUUGCACUAAGGCUCAGUUUGUGAGCGGCAAAGCAAAAGUGGAUCUGGUCGAGAAGGUUGCAGAUAUGGUGAACGAGCUGUACCCCCGGAAGCCCCAAUUGGUGGAGCAGAAGGCGCUUCCCUUGCUGUGGCACCUACUUGGCGCGUCCAGCCACAGCGGUACCGUCCACGGACGCGGAGGCAGCGUACGCGGCGCCACAGCUUGCCUGUGCCGAACUCUUUCCUCCCACAUGGGCCCAGGCCUGAACGACUACGCCGCAGCCCAGUCGGUCAGCAUCCACAAAGGGUUGAAUGAGGUUCUAAAGAACACACCUAAAAGAUAACUGGAGAAGACCUUACAGACACGACAUUGACCUCACUUGAAGACAUCGAGAUGUCCGAUAUUUCUUAGUGCCUGCACUUUUAUCCCAAUGUAGAAAAAAGUCCUCCGAGAUGAGCAACUUUGACACUUUUCUCAGUGAUUUCUUUCUCUGGUACUCAAGCGCCAACUAUUGCAAAAUCAGGUCUUACUCCCUCCCACACAAAACUGCUUUCUUUGCACAUUGACAAGGCAGUUCAUUACAAUGAACACGAAAUUUGCGUACGAAAGUCAUUGCUUUACUUCACGUGCCAAACGUGAACUACCAACGACAAAUCAGAAAGCCGUUUGCGGAAUGUAAGGUUCAAACAAACAAAAAAAGGACAAAAGCCAGGAAUCUGGAAGCGAUAUCAUGUUUUUGCGACCUCAAAGAAUGUCUAAUUUGUUUGUCGUUUUAUACGGCUGUUGUUUGCUGGGUUGUGAAAUGAAUUUUACUAGGCUAGUACAAGAUACUUUUGUACAGCUGUUAUGUAUUUGUACAGUAUUAGAGUACAGUUGCGCUCAAAAUAAUUGCAGUGCCACAGGAAUGGCAAGAUAAAUUGGCUCCCAUUGGCGGUGAUAGACGUCAAUCCAUUUUGACUGGGCGGGUGGCAGCAGUCAAACGAUCCACAAUUAUUCAUUGCUAGCCAUCGCAGUUCGAUUUCAUUUACCAUUCAUAUAAAGAAUGUUGGCAUUUUCUCAGCUUUUUAAAGACACUGCUAUUAUUAUGUUGCCUGGUACACCAGACUCACCGCUGUUCCAGCUAUUGAGUCUGGCCACCAUUCACGCGGAUACAAUUUCCAGGGCGGAGCAAGCCACAGCAAACAGACAGCGGAGUGGACCAAUCAGCGACAGGGAGACGGCGUUAGUAAAAUGACGAGUGAAGGACGAGGGACUUGCGUGCGGAAGUAAACAUAUGAAGAGAGCGGAGUUUAUUCAACAUGGCUAGCGCGAGACAGACGGUUGUCAAUGACUCGUGUCGAUGUGUUUUUGGUAAUUUAAAACUGAUUUUACCGUGGAUUGGAACAUAUUCUCGGCUCUCCCGUUCACCAUCUGUGUUGUUGUGGAGACGACUUUCGACGCGCAAGAGUGAUGUUGCUCGUUAAGAACACGUCACGCAAAUAAACGAAUCUGAUUUGUCGAUUGAUUUUGUACCUGCUCGAGAGGCCGUUAAUGGGCUGGUUCCCAGACUAUACUCUCAGUGUUUGAAAAAUACAUGGAGAACAGUCUGGCAGAGCCAGGCAAAUUAUUAUGAACACAACUGUCAUUCUAUUAUCCUUAAACCGUAUGACGGUUCAGUCGACAAUUUGAUCUGUUGAAUCUUGUUGAUGUGCUGCACACUUUGUCGUUUUUGUUUGCAUGAACUGUCUAGCUCGAGGCACAAUGUUAGUCAUUUUUAGCAAACUAUUGAUGCCUGGAUCAAAGCUGGCUGUGGAAAAGGACUUUGGGCUACUCUCCCGAUGUUGCCUCGGACACGGCAAGCGCAGAUGGAGGAUUCUCAGAACAGUGCCAGUCUUCAAGUUGCCUUUUAACGUCUUCUAUUGUUAAGUUAUAUCCAACUUGUUGACAAAGACAUAUAUAAAUAUAUAUAUAAAAGGUUUUAUUUCUGUAACUCGAACUUCCUUGUGCUUUUUUCCAUAAUUUAUGCAUUGCAUUCACGCAGUGCCCACCUGGUAUUAGACAAUUAGA